AUGGGAAAUAUUAUUUCUUCCCAUUCUUCACCCCUGCUGUCCAGGUCCGAUUCCUCCUCCCAUUAUCUUGUUCCCACUACUGAAUAUGAGGUUUUCAUUAAUCACCGUGGAGCAGAUACGAAGCAAUCCCUAGCCAGUUUCGCAUAUCAUAAUCUUGAGAAUAGAGGAUUCAAAGUGUUUUUCGACAAACGUUCUAUACGACCAGGACAAUACACACCCCAAGCUAUAACAUCCGCAAUACGUAGUUCUUCAGUUCAUAUUGUAAUUCUGUCUCCUAAAUAUGCUGAAUCUGAGUGGUGUUUGGAUGAGCUCCUCCUCAUUAUUCAAACCGGGGCUCCAAUUAUCCCUGUGUUCUGGGAAAUUCGACCUUCUGAUGUUCGAAUGGAGGACGAGAAUGGAGUGUACGCAAGAGCUUUCCAAAUGCAUAAACAGGCUGGAAAAUUCAAUACUCGAACACUUGGGAAAUGGAAAAAUGCUCUACGCUGGGUUUCACUCGUAGAAGGCUUUAUUAGUGACGGUGAUCAAGGAGAAAUGGUGGAGAAGAUUGCUGCGUGUGUGGCUGAAUACAUUGCAAUUGCAAAAUGCCAAGGCAUGGCAUGUAGGAGGGCAGCUUAA